GUCGCUCCUAAAAAUUGUUUGUGUUCCUAUCGCGUCUUUUCAACUCGGUGAAAUUCGAAACGUUUUGUACAAUUUUCCAACUUUUGAUCGCGAAUUUCGUCCUCCAAGAUGUCAUUCAAGGGUUCCAAAGUGCAAAAGGUGAUGGUUCAACCCAUCAACCUGAUCUUCCGUUACCUGCAGAACCGAUCCAGGGUGCAGGUUUGGCUGUACGAAAACACUCAUCUCCGGAUAGAAGGGCAUAUUGUUGGAUUCGAUGAGUACAUGAAUCUGGUUCUGGACGAGGGCGAGGAGUACAACAUCAAGAAACAGACCCGCCGGCCACUCGGAAGGAUUAUGCUGAAGGGCGACAACAUUACCUUGAUUCAGAACGUUCAAACGAACUAAAGUGUUGGAUACAAAUUCAACACUUGAUAAAUUCAUGGCUUCACGGAAUCCGAUGAGCAGACUCUUUAAUUUAAUAUUCUUACUCCUAGUUGUAGUAUUUCUCGCGACGGGUGGUGAGAAGGAAAUUUUGCUUUGAAUUUCUUUGUAACAUAAGUUUAAUAAAUAGAACAGUGAACUGAACUUACGAAAAUUUCA